GCAGGGCGUCCAAACACGGUUCAUCAUUGACAGAAGACGACUGACUAGUUCCCUCUGACGACGGCUUUGGCCGGGUUGGACAUGAUGCCGGGACAGAUACCUGACCCUUCGCUGGCGGCAGGCUCCCUGCCCAGCCUCGGCCCGCUGGCGGGCAUCUCGGCCACCACCCUCACCGACCAGCUGAAGCUGGCAGACUUUCACCAGCUGGGCACCAUGCUGUCGCCGCUGCAUUUCCUGGGGAGGCUGGGGAAGAGGCCACUGGCCAUCAAGACGGAGAUGGACGAAGAUGAAGAAAGAAGGAAACGAAGACGAGAGAAAAACAAAGUAGCGGCAGCGAGGUGCCGAAACAAAAAGAAGGAACGCACCGACUUCCUCCAAAGGGAAUCAGAGCGCCUGGAAACGGUGAACUCGGAGCUGAAGGCCCAGAUCGAGGAGCUUCGUCUGGAGAGGCAGCAGCUGAUGGUGAUGCUCAACCUCCACAGGCCCACCUGCAUAGUGCGGACCGACAGCGUGAAAACACCCGAGAGCGAGGCCAACCCGCUGCUGGAGCAGCUGUCCGCCGAAACCAAGUGAGACCCCGGGAGAAGAGGGGACUCAAAAGUCCUGCAAGCUGAACUUUGACUGCCGAGGCAGACAUCUGAACAACAACAACAAAAAAACAUACCUGGCAAAAUUAUUCUGAAUGAGCACUUGAGCUCCAGGCUGGAGACUUUUGCCCAAAGAUCUGAGGUUGUGGGGCUUCCUCAGUACUGCUACGUGGAGCUGGCUCUGUCCAUUGGGAGACUGGAAACACCCACUGUGCCUGUCAUGUUGUUACUUCAUCCAUCUUUUCCUUAAAGGGACCAAUGGAAGUAGACGAUCCAGCUGGAGAACGCCCAGAGGAUUGACACUAACAGCAACAUGGUGCUCUGUUACCAAAGCCCUGCGUAGAUUGACUUAGGAGUUCUGCAGUCUUCCUACGUAUUCUAGUCAUAUUACACAGGUGUCGAGCUUUUAGGUUACAGCACACAGUACAAAAAUACACCAUUGGGAGAACACUUGUUUUUUUUAUUUAGUAUUUUAUACCCUGCCUCGACGAUGGCAGGUACCGGUUGAUCCGAGUAGUGGUGGCGCUGGCGUCAUGAGAAGCACAUAUUCACAAAUUGUUUACACACUUAUUUUUUAGACUUGAGUUUUCAUCUAUGUACUUGUUUUAUACGGCUUUGUAUACAUGAAACAUACAAAAAAUGCUUUAAUCACUUGACGUGAUUUUUGUCCUUUUUUUCCGUCUUUCCUAAUCUGUCAGACAGCUGCAAAAAGAAGCUGAGUGUAUGCAUCUGUAUCUGUGUACGAACCUGCAUAUCCUGAAUAGAUUAAAGUUUAUUUUCUAACGAAGA